UUAACAGGCCGGCAAGCGCCGCCCGCUCGGCAGUCCGGCUCCAGCGCUCGCCCUGCCCUGCCGACCGGGGCUCCCAGCGCCAUGCCCGGCCUCUUCGCUCGGCUGCUGCUGCUGCUGCUCGGGGCUGCCCGCGGAAGCCGAGGCGCCCAGCAAGACCAGUGUUCCCAGUCGCCCGCUAACGAGGCAGGUGCUUUGAACCUCGGGCAGAGAUGGGGAGACCCCUCACCAACAGCCACCAUGACCAUAGACCUGCGUAAAGUCACAAGCGCUACUUCCACCUUUGAGUUCCGCACAUUUGACCCCGAAGGUGUGAUUUUCUACGGGGAUACAAACCCCCGCACCGACUGGUUCGUCCUGGGAUUGCGCCAGGGGAAGCCAGAAAUACAGAUCCACAACACAGUCACGAACAUCAGUGUUUCUGGGGGGCAGCGCAUCAAUGACGGCCAGUGGCACGAGGUCAUGGUGAAGAACGAAGGGGACAGUGUGGUGCUAGGACUGGACGGCGAUGACCUGCUGACUCUUCGGCAAGUUUCUUACGCCAUCAUCGAUAACCCUUCGGCUGAGGUGCGCAUUGCCGUGGGGGGUGUACUCAUCCCCGGAAAUGACUUGCUUGUUCCGAUUAACACAGCCAUGGAUGGCUGCUUGAGACAGUGGAAUUGGUUGAACACGAGCAGCACGUGGCAUGAGGGGGCCACGCUGGAGGGCGAGGGGAUUAAGGCUUGCUUUGCCAACAUCCAGCGGGGCAGCUUCUUCCCAGGACAUGGCCUGGCCAGCUUCCUGCUCUCAGGGCUCCCCACCGGACUCAGCCUUGCUGAUGAGAGUGGGUCCCUGGCUGUGGAGAUGCAGCUCAGUGCCGGCCGGCAGGUGGGGACUGUCCUGGCCAUCUCACCUUUGGAGCAGGGACCUGUCCUCAGCCUGCGACUGCAAGACACGGAUGUGGUGGCCCAACUGGGGGACAAGGCGGUUGUACAGACCCCGCUGCCCAUGACAGGCUGCCAAGGCGUUGAUGUCCUGCUCCGCGUCACUUCGGCUCAGCUCACGUUGCGCCUGAAUGGCCAUGAAACCUCAGAGGCAAUCCAGAAGACGGACUUCGAAGCACUGCGGCAUGUGUGGCUGAGCAAAGAUGGCCGCCUCUUCAUUGGAGGGUUCCCUGGGCAGGGAGAGUCCCCUCAGCCUCAGGAGGAAGGCUUCUUUCGGGGCUGCCUGCGUGAGAUCCGGGUACAGGGACACCAGCUGGACCUGGACAUGGCACACUACAGGAGUCACACCAUCUGGGCGCACAGCUGUCCCGGGAAGGAGAACAUCAACCCCGCAAGCAACUCCAGCUCAGACAACAGCAAUUAAGCGGUGCCAGAUGGGGAGGUCCCACAACACUGGCUGCCUCUCCCCUCCCAUCUCAGCUCCCAGAUCUGCCCCCCUCCCUCCCCCUGUCCCUGAAGAAAUGUGAGCAAAGGUGCUGUUUGGCUGCUAGCUGAAGACCCUGCAGGCUUGCUGUGGCCAGGGGAAAGUAGCGCUAGGUCAGCCUGCCCGCAAUUGUGUCAGGCGCAAUUGUGUCACUUGCACUCCCCUCGAUCACGUAGUGAAUAGGGAGGAAUACACGUGAGUCUGUUCACUUGCCAUUCAAGUGUCAUUCGUCACUUGCAGUUUGGCUCUCAGAGUCAAGCUACAAGUGACGCCUUACACAGGUUGGACACUUGU